CCAAAUGAGCCGAGUAGCACUUUUGCUCUUAGUCUUCGUGAAGUGCCAUUGAGAGAUCUCCGUUACAAAUCUUAUAAGUGAUUUUCAUGUCUACCGCAGAUAUUAAGGCCAAAAACACUCGAAUUCAAAACAUCGGAACACCCAUGUAUUAGUGGUAUCGUCCAAAACUACGGAAACCUCCUAGCAAUGAUACACAUUCAGCUCCAUCCUGACGGAACACAGACGCUGCAGGAUAUGGUGGUGGUCAGCAAGCAAACACCACAGCCUCUACCUGGCUCCACAGGUGACUUCACCGCCUGCCAGCUGCACAAACCCAGCUCCAGCCUCCCGUACGGGGGGGCAGGGGCCAGCGCUCAUGGCUCCAAGAGAUCAGGAGAGGACGUCGUAAAAAAGAGAGCGCUCCGCUUGAUGAAGAACAGGGAGGCCGCCCGGGAGUGUCGGCGAAAGAAGAAGGAAUACGUCAAAUGCCUCGAAAAUCGCGUGGCCGUGCUGGAAAAUCAAAACAAGACUCUGAUUGAGGAGCUCCGAGCCUUGAAAGACAUCUAUCGACACAAAAUCCAGUGAAUCCUCAGAGCGGCGGAGGAUCCUCGAUUGCGUGGAGCUGUGUCGUCUGUUUCUGCGGGAUGUCUUGAGGGACUCUGGUUUUGCUCAUGUACAAACACUCACUUGAACAUGCGCUCGCACAAACCUCUUCUUGUCUUUUGCUGUUAAAUAGGUUUACAUGAUGAUGUCAAUGUCUCUGGCUCCGAAUCGCCUCCGCGCCACAACCAGCAACAACAAGAACUUUGUUCCAGGUCAGGGUCAUUGUCAGUGAGCUUAUGUCCCUUUGCACAGGGAGGCUGUUGGAGUGAGCAGGAGGACAAUGAGGGAAUAUAUGGACCGCCUGCCUUACUGAGAGAAACUGAAGUCGCAGCACUGGUCUGUCACUAACACCUAUGCUGUAAACCCCUCUACAUUUUCCAUUCCUUUAGGAUCAGUUUUCAAAUUUGGCUUUUUAUGCUCUACUCUUUCAGCCGAUCAUUUUUGUGAUGUGUAUUUUUGCUACGACCAAAUGUUCAAAGAGGAUCUGAUCGUCCCCUAGCUGUGUUUUCAGCCCAUUUCAGACAUCCUAAUGCAAGCACAGGAGUCAACACCCACUGAUCCACCAUAUUUAACAAAGAGACAAUUCCAGCAUCUCUUCAAUGACUUUUCUGCUCCUAACCUGUGGCAUUGGUAUUUAUUUAGGCAAGUUCACUUUGCAUUUCUGUUAUAGUUUGUACCAAAAAAAAGCAUUUGUGUUAAUACAAGUAAGAGUUUAUUUAGUUUGUUUGUAUUUGUGGAAACUGUAUUAAGUGUUUGAAUUCCCUUUUCUUCAUGUCAUUUCACCAGUCUACAUUAAUGUGACUCUUCUUUUUUUAAAUGACAUGUUUGAUGCUGAAAUCCUGCUUUUAUCUUCAGCGUUGUUGUUUUAUUUCUCCUCUGUAACACAACAGCAGUUGUCUUGUUAUCUCAAUGCCAUAUUUUAAAGUCUUAGGUAUUUUUCAAAAUGUGUUUGCCUCAAUAAAGUUGUUGUUCAUCUGUC